AUGGCUGAUUUGAUCGUUGUUUCUGCUGUUGGAGGUUUUGAUUUUGCAGACAGUUCUUGGUCAGAAGACAUCACACCUUCCAUAUUCACCAACAAGAGCCACUCAACAGAGUUAUUGGACUUAAUUGCCAUGGUACAAGCUAGCUUAACGACUCUUUUUCGAAUCUUUGUUCUCAUUUUUUACUGUUCUUGUUGUACUGAUGAAUUUUGCUCUGCCAUAGACACAAUUACAUCUACUCAACCCAUCAGUGACACAGAAACUAUAAUCUCCGAUGGUGAAACCUACAAAUUGGGAUUUUUUAGCCCUGUUAAUUCUACUAAAAGGUACGUUGGUAUCUGGUACAAUGAGAUCUCUGUGACGGCUGUGGUAUGGGUAGCGAAUAGGGAUAAACCUCUUAAUGAUUCUUCAGGGAUUGUGACAAUAUCCAAGGAUGGCGAUCUUGUGGUCUUGGAUGGACAGAAACAGAUUGUUUGGUCAUCAGGUGUUGCACAUUCUUCUGUGAGUUCAAGUGCCCAGCUUUCUGAUUCCGGGAACCUUGUAUUGCGAGAUGACUCUAAUGGAAACAUAAUGUGGGAGAGUUUUGAACACCCUUCUGAUUUUUUAUUGCAGGGGAUGAAACUUAGUACCAACAGGUUUACAGAUAAGAAGACUCAGCUGACCUCAUGGAAAAGUCCUUCAGAUCCAUCCAGUGGAAGGUUCACUUUGGGCAUCAAUCCUCUGAAUAUUCCGGAAAUAUAUAUAUGGAAUGGCAGUCAUCCAUACUGGCGGAGCGGUCCAUGGAAUGGGCAGAUUUUUAUCGGCUUACCUCAAAUGAUUUCGGUGUACUAUAGAAGAUACGAUAUUGCAGAGGAUAAAGAAGGGAACAUGUACAUAAGUUUUACCUAUUUAAAAGAGUCUCAUCUGUCAUAUAUUGCCUUAAGUUAUGAUGGAAAUCUAAUGACGAAGAACAAGAGUUGGGAAAAUGUGUGGUCGGCUCCGGAUAUUGAAUGUGAAGUUUAUGGCAAGUGUGGUCCAUUUGGGAGCUGCAAUGAGCACGGUUCACCAAUUUGCACCUGUUUACAAGGUUUUGUUCCAAAGCAUAUCGAGGAAUGGAGUAGAGGAAAUUGGACCAGUGGAUGUGUAAGGAGGAUACAGAGACAAUUGCAGUGUGAGAGAAAAAACAGUGGUGGUGAAAAGGACAAAGAAGAUAGCUUUAUAAAGCUAAUGAUGGUGAAAGUGCCGGCCUUCGCCGAGUUGCUGCCAUUUGCUGCAGGAGACAAGUGCAGAAGUCAGUGCUUGAAUGAUUGUUCUUGUACAGCUUAUUCAUAUUAUAGUGGCAUUGGUUGUAUGCAGUGGAGUGGAGACUUAAUUGACAUACAGGAAUUCUCCUACGGUGGAGCAGAUCUUUACAUCCGUGUUGCAUAUUCAGAACUCGAAAAAAAGAGAAUUACAAAACUAGAUAUCACAGUUGCAGUGCUCAUAGGCUCAUUAAUCAUUGCAAUCUGUAUCUAUCUUUCCUGGAUGUGGAUGACUAGACUACGAGGAAGGAAGAAAAAGAGGGCGAAGUUAUUAUUUAAAAGAGGGGUAGGGAAUCCAGAUUGUUCAAAUGAAAGAAUGCUUGGAGAUAAUCUUGACCAAAUUGAACUUGAAAAGCUACCGCUUUUCAGUUUUGAGAAACUGGCAAUUGCUACAGACAAUUUUGAUGUGGCCAAUAAGCUUGGGCAGGGUGGUUUUGGUCCAGUGUACAAGGGAAAACUGCCUAGCGGACAAGAAAUAGCUGUCAAACGACUUUCGAGAGCCUCUAGACAAGGGCUGGAGGAGUUUAUGAAUGAGGUUGUGGUAAUUUCCCAACUCCAGCAUCGCAAUCUUGUUAGACUUCUUGGCUGCUGUGUGGAAGGAGAAGAAAAAAUGUUGAUCUAUGAAUACAUGCCAAAUAAAAGCUUGGAUGCAUUUCUCUUUGAUCCAAUCAAGCGAAGACUCGUAGAUUGGAGAAAAUGUGCCAUCAUUAUUGAAGGGAUUGGCCGAGGCCUUCUUUACCUUCAUAGGGAUUCUAGAUUAAGGAUUGUACAUAGAGAUCUAAAGACAAGUAACGUUCUAUUGGAUGAAAAUUUAAAUGCAAAAAUUUCAGAUUUCGGCUUGGCAAAGAUUUUUGGAGGCAACCAAGAACAAGCCAACACUAGAAGGGUUGUUGGAACCUAUGGCUAUAUGGCCCCCGAAUAUGCAAUGCAAGGAAGGUUCUCGGAAAAAUCUGAUGUCUUUAGCUUUGGAGUAUUGUUGUUAGAGAUUGUAAGCGGGCGAAAGAACACUAGCUUUUUCCAUGAUGAGCACUCUUUAACCCUUCUAGGAUUUGCGUGGAAGUUAUGGAAUGAAGAUAGGAUCGUAAUGCUAAUAGAUCCAACAAUUUUCGAUCCAUGCUUCCAAGUUGAGAUCUUGAGAUACAUACAUAUAGGAUUGUUGUGUGUGCAAGAUUUUCCCACUGAUAGGCCAACUAUGUCGACCGUUAAUUUGAUGCUUAGUAGGGAAAUUGCAAAUCUUCCAACUCCAAAGCAACCUGCAUUUACUGAAAUAUGCAAUCUCUCAAAUAUACGGUCUUCUCAAAGGAGCCAAAGGGGAUGUUCUACAAACAAUGUAACUAUUACAACCAUGUAUGGCCGUUAG